CAAAUUUGAAAAGAUCCGUCAAUAACGAAAUAAUAGAAACAACAUUUUUUGAAUUGACGACGAAGACGACGACAACGACGAGACAUUUCUUUUUUCUUUCCAAAAAGAUAAUUUUUCUAUUUGCAUCCCUCUCUUACCAAGAAAGUAUAGACUGACAUUGAGUUAUAUAGAAAUAAAAGAAAAUGAAAGUUCACCGGAAGUUGAUAUGAUAUAAAAAGGAGAAUCCAUUAGAGCACCCUAUUUGGUUUAUGCUCUAAGGGCAAGAAGAAAAAUUAUCGUUGUUGAUGGACUAAGGUAAUGUAAGGAAAAAAAAAAAAAAAAGAAAGAAAGAAAAGAAAGAGAUUAAAAAAAGAAGAAAAAAAAAAAAAGAAAAGGUGAAAGUGAAUAAUUCGAUUAGGUCCAUCUUUUCAAAAGUAACAUUAAUCUGUGGGAACAAUACCGAUGGAGCAAACUCGACGAAUCGAGACGAGAACAGCUGGCUAUUAAAGGGUAGUCGUGCAUGAAACGGAAGUGUAGAAGAAAGGGAAAAAGGACGGCCUGUUUUGGCUUAUAAUCAGAGAAUCGAUAUAGUGACUCACCAGAUCGUAUUUAAUAUCAUCGACACGGAACUAAUGAAACGAGAUUUGCAUUUUUAAAAAAAAAAAGAAAAAAAAAAAUUCAAGAAAGAAUUCAAAAGUGCAAAUGUGUCUCUUCUCUUUUUCUUCUUUGUUGAAUUUGUUUAAAAAAAAAAAAAAAAAAAAAAACCAACAACAACAAGUGUAGUGCUAUAAAAAUAAUUCAAUGUAUGGCUCAUGGAUUGUACAGCCCAUCGAAAAUAAUUUAAGAUAAUAGCCAUAAUUCUUUUUCUUUCUCUUUUGUACAUUUUUAAAGAAGUAAGAAUACCAUGAACGAAUUUCGAUCGAUAAAAAAAUCAUAAUAAUUGAUUAUUAUUUUCUUUCAUUAUUAAUAAUGUUAACCGAAGAUAUUCUUUACAUUGAUUCGUACAAUUUAAAAUCAUGGCGUCUAUCAGUGAAAACGUCGUUGGAAUUGUGAUUAGUAAAAAUCAAAGUAUAGUGUCUUGUGAUAUAAUAAUCAUUACAAGAGACAUCGUAAAAAUCGAUUGAUCGUUUAUUAUGUAAAUGAUUUAUAAGUGAUAAAAAGUGGGAACGUUCGUUCUAAAUAAUAUUUUUUCCGUCAUUUGUUCGAUGAUAAAAAAGAAAAAAAAGAAAAAAAAGAAAGAAAGAAAUCAUGUGAACUGUUCGAAUAAAGUAUAGCGGGGAAAAAACUCAGAUUUUUUUUCUACCAAUCCAAUCGAGUUCCUAAGAACGAAGCUGAUCAAAGUAAAUCGUUAACAUCGAAGAUAUAUAAGAUAGUCGAGUGGUAUACACGGUGGGAAAAAAAAAAUAAAAAGGGAAGAAAGAAGGAGAAAAUAAAAAGCAAGAAUAAAGAAUAGUGAAAAAGAAAAAGUCAUGAUGCAGUCCUUGGAAAAUUCUUUCGAUUCCAUAAACAAUUAUCGUUGGAACACGUCGUUAUUAUGGUUCGACAAUUACACCUUCGAUAACUUGGUAUAUAACGAUACAAACUCGACUGAUCUCGAGUCGAGAAAUCAAUUCAUACUGCCAUGGUGGAGACAGAUGAUAUGGAGCUUGCUAUUUGCCGGUAUGAUCAUUGUUGCUACCGGUGGAAAUCUAAUAGUGAUAUGGAUUGUCCUUGCGCACAAGAGGAUGCGUACAGUAACCAAUUACUUCUUGGUCAAUCUCAGUAUAGCAGAUGCCAUGGUGUCAACGUUGAACGUUACAUUUAAUUACAUUUACAUGCUCAACAGUCAUUGGCCAUUUGGUACUCUUUACUGUAAGAUUUGCCAGUUCAUCGCGGUACUCACUAUUUGUGCGAGUGUCUUCACUUUAAUGGCUAUCUCGAUCGAUCGGUACAUGGCUAUAGUAAAUCCAUUGAGACCAAGAAUGGGUCGAAGAGCUACCCUUUGUGUCGCUGUGGUCAUUUGGAUCGUCGGCGCCAUUCUUUCUUUCCCAAUGCUGCUCUUUUACACUACCUACACACAAAACUUCGCUAAUGGUGAAGUUCGAGUAAUAUGUUACAGCGAUUGGCCUAACAGAGACGACAAUGGUCUUAGCUUUCAGGAGUAUCUAUACAACGUAAUCUUUAUGAUCCUAACAUAUUUUCUACCAAUCGGCUCGAUGACUUUCACAUAUGCCAGAGUCGGUGCGGAAUUAUGGGGCUCGCAAAGCAUCGGUGAAGCUACGGCAAGACAAUUGGAAAAUAUUCGAAGUAAACGAAGGGUCGUCAAGAUGAUGAUCGUAGUGGUGGUAAUAUUCGCAGUCUGUUGGUUACCAUUUCACGUGUACUUCAUAGUAACAUCGUAUCUGCCAGAGAUCACAAACGAAUCUUACAUUCAAGAAGUCUUUCUUGGUAUCUAUUGGCUAGCCAUGUCGAAUAGCAUGUACAAUCCUAUUAUUUAUUGUUGGAUGAAUUCUAGAUUUCGUCGUGGUUUCGCUCAACUUUUUUCAUGGUGCCCAUGGGUAAGGGUCAUCCCCGAACCGUCUCUCUCUCGUUCAGAAGCAGUUACAUCACGAUAUAGUUGCACCGGAAGUCCUGAAGCUAAUACGAGGAUAUCACGGAACGGCACGGUACGAAUACCGCUGCAUCUACAAUCAACGAGAGGAGAAGGAAAUGAACAUUUUUUGGGACAUCAAAUUCGUGGAAGAAGAUGGAGAAAUAAUCAAGAAAGAGGGCACGUUUCCUGACAGGAUCAGGAAAUUACUACAACUACUACUACUACUACUAAUCAACAACAACAACAACAACAACAGCAGCAGCAACACCAACAACAACAACCACAACAACAACAUCAACAACAAGUGCAUACUUGGAUAUGAAAGAGAUUUAUAUCCAUAAAAAUAUACUAGCACCUAUGACCUUUUAAACCGGUUCUACGUUAUGGCUGAAAACCAAACGUUGAGAGAAUCUUCAUUAUAUCUUCCCAUCGAUAUAAUAGAUCUCUUUUCUUCCUACCAUGAUACUUUUACUUUUUAUUUCUUUUUUUGUUUUUUUCUUACAUCAUACGACGAAUUACCAUACCACAGAUUCACGAGGCUAUAUUUUUUCCAAUUGCAUUCCUGCUUUUAUUUUUUCUUUUUCCUUUUCUUUUCUUCUUUUCUUUUUUGUUUUUCCCCCCCUUCAACGUUACCGUCAUCUCAUUGAUUAUAUUUAAAAAAAAAAAAGAAAAAAAAAAAGAAAUAAAGGCAAAAAAAAGAAAAACGGACCAAUGACUAUACAUUUACUAUACUUUCCAUAAGGUGAAAAAUAAAAAAUAGUCUUUUUCUAAGAUGAAAAUCAAAAAAGAAAAAUAAAAAAAAAAUAAAAAAGAAAAAGAAAAACACACGAUCGAAACGUUAGUUGAAAAUACAUGAAUAUAUUUGUUGUAAGUUCAUCUAUUAAUAUUUUAGAAAGAUGAAAGAAAAUGUUUCAUUAUGUACCUAAUCUGCUUGUUCCUAUCAUACAUACAUAAUAUUCUAAUAACCGAACUGAUGUUUAAAGAUGUAUAAUUAUAAUCGAGUCAAACACAAAUCUCUUCACGAAAAGUUCCAUUAAUAAAACAAAUUACAUUUCUUUUUUCGAUAGAUAAGGCAGACAAUUUUCAAGUAAUAUUUUAUAUUAAUUAGUCAAUCAUUAAGUUCAAUGACGGAAUUCUUUUUUAUAAAUCGUCGAUUACUUUCCCGAUAAAAUAUAUUCUUCUUUUUUUAUUUCGUUGCGUCAGGGUUGCGUCAGGAUGCAGAUAAAAGAGAUUAAUUUGAAAUUAAAAAUGUCGAGAUGGAAUAAGAAAUAAUUGUAAAUGAACGAAAUUCGACCUAACUUUGUAAUUGUAAACAAAAAAAAAAAAAUAAGGAAAAAAAAGUAAUCUAUAAUUGAAAUAUUAUCUUUGUUAAAUUCUUUGUCGACAACAAUUUAAAGUUAUCGAUACUAGUCAUAUAAACGCACGAGAGAUUAAACAAAUAUAAUUAAGAUUCGUAUAAUUAUACUUGAUAAUGAAAGAAGUAAUAAAAAGAAAAUAAAAAGGAAAAAAAAAAGAAAAACAUUAUAAAAAGUAUACUUGCGAAAGGAGCUUUGUUUAGACGAAAAAAUUCUGCUAUUAUUACGGAGCAA